AUGGAGAGAAGAGCAGGCAGACAUUCAAAAAGUUUGGAGGAAGAGAAGAUUCAUGGACUUAGUUCACCAAGUAUUUUCAAAGAGGACAAAAUGCACUAUAAAGCUCCAUCAAGUAUUUAAGAAGAUUAUGAGAGUGAGUCAGUUAAGGAUUUCAGAAAUUUGACUGAAUAUGAUAAGAAAAAGCACUAUGAUGUGCAAGAAUUUGUGAAUUCUAUUCGGGCUUUAGAAGAAAUCGGUUUUGCCAAAUAAGUUGGUAAUAUUAUCCUUAUCAUUUCUUACUUAAUCAGGAGAAACAUUGUCAGAAAUAGUAUAUUCAAUUUAUGCAACAAUGCAAGUUAGAGGAGUCCAGUUAUACUAACCUAUUUCAAUACUGGAAUAAGUGGAGUAAAUAAGGGGCCUAUUGCUACACUGAAAAAGCUCUAUUUUGAUUGUUCAAAGUUUACACAAGAUAGGCUAAUCAUUCUGAAUAUUGUUCAUCCCACUUUCUAUAUCAAAACCAGAAUAAAGGUGAUUAAAACUUGCGUGAAACAACAUGCCUCGCUUAUGAAGAAAAUCAAAUUUCAUGAUUCAAUUGUCAAAUACAUGGAAAUAUUGAAGGGUGAUCAAACCAUUAUUUAAAGAAUCAUUGGUGCUCUGCCAAAUAACAUUCAUAAAGUAUAUCUAAGUGAAAGAGAAUCUGAAUAGGCAAAGUUUUUAAAGUCAAAAAAGAUUAAAGAGGAUAAGUUUACUGAGGGAACUAAGAUGGAUCAACUGAUGUCUUUAUAAAGUGCUGUGAAAGAGGUGAUUGACAAAUGUGAAGAUUAAUAUUUGGAUUUCAAACCAGAAUCAGCAGUACAGUCUAUGGAUGUGAUGGGAAAGCACAUUUAUGAAUUCAAAAGAAAAGGUGAAAAUGAUGUGCCAGAAAUUUUCAUACUUUUAGUUACUUACUUCGAAGUAUAGCCUCAUUUAAUGAAGACAGAAGGAAUAUUUAGAAAAGCUGCCUCAAUGGAUAAAUUAGAUGAACUCCACAUUCAUUUGACUAUGGGCAACAACUUUUAUCUGACAUAGUUGUCAGAAGAACCUCAUCUAGUUGCCAAUUAUCUCAAGAAAAUUCUAAAAAAUAUGGGUGAACCACUAUGUACCUUUAGAUUAUAUGCCAAGUUUAGAGACCUGCCAUUUGAAUUGACUGCUAAUGAUCUCAUAUUUGCUGCUCAUUUAGUAGAAACUUUCAAGAUUAUCAUGUAAAACUACAAAGAAUUAUUCGAUGUAUAAUUGGAUGAUGAUAGCGAAGAUAAUUCAGCUCGAUAUGAUAUUAUUCGUAAAAUUUGA